AUGCCAGAAAAGAAACAACAGAAACAGGAACAAGGGCAGAUGAGCCAUGACAAUACGGAAGUAUAUUUGAACAGGGGAGGCAAGACGAAAGUGAUGUAUAUUGAUCAACUACGAAGACCACAUGCCGUCAGUUGUAGUCCCAACUUCCAUCUUCCUACAGUAACUGACACCAAUAACAGUGGUGGGCUGCUCUUAAACAAUGGGCAUAGACCUUCUGUACCUGUAGAGGUUGAUCAAGAAACUAAGCAAAAGCAGGAGAGGCAAAACAAACAAUCAGGGAACAUGUCCCCUCCAUCUUCUGAGUAA